ACUAAACUCAAACAGCUUCACAAACACAGACAAGAUGCUGAUAAUAUUCAUCAAUCUCUUCACUCUUCUCUCAUGUGUCAGUUCAGCUAAAGUUCUCACACAAAAACCCUCAGUACUGACAGAAGAAAAAGGAAAAUCUGUCACUAUGGACUGUAAUAUAGCAAAGGAUGAGGGCCAGUAUGUUUAUUGGUAUAAACAGCUUCCAAAUGCAGCUCCUCAGUAUGUGUUGAGAUACUAUCAUUCUCAUGGCUCUCCUGACGAGUAUGGUGCCAGUUUUUCAUCCAGCCGUUUCACAUCUAAAGCUCAGUCAAAGAUUGACUAUCAGCUGAUCAUCAAUAAUGUAGAUGUGAGAGAUUCAGCUGUGUAUUACUGUCAGACAUGGGACAGCUCUGUUAGUGAGGGGGUAUUCGGACAAGGAACAAAACUCAUUGUGACCGAUUCAGGUGUUUCUGCUCCUGUUGUGAAGAUUUUGCCUCCAUCCAGUGAAGAUGUGAGCUCCAGUAAAGUGACUCUGGUGUGUUUGAUCAAUGACAUGUCUGUGGGAUUUGCUGAUGUGAGUUGGUUUGUGAAUGGAAACUCAGUUACUGAUGGCGUCUUCACCGGAUCUGCCGAACAGCAGCCGAAUGAGAAAUUCAAGUUGAGCAGUUAUUUAACCAUUGAGAGAUCAGAGUGGGAGAAAGACAAAGAUAUCACAUGUAAAGUGACUGCUGCUGGAAAGAUCACAAACACAAAGAUCAAGAAAUCUCAAUGCAAUGAAUAAAUGCAUAAAAGUAUA